AUGGCGACUAUGUUUGAGCCUUCCCUCUCCACCAGCAUGAUGCGCCCGCCUCUCUCCUCCGCCGACGCGCCCUCAAUGGCCGACUCUCUCCCCAGUAUCAACUUCGGCUUCGACGACCUACGCGAGCGCAUGGCGCGCUUCACAACGCGCUUCGAUGAGUUUAUCGAGAAGGGGAGAAAGCGCGUCAUGGAAGAGCGCAACCAGUUCAGAUCGAACGUGACCGAGCUGCAGGAGGAUCAACGCAUGCGAAAGCGCGACAUCGAAGUCUACUCCCUAAAGACCACCUCCCACGAGCAGGCCGUCGCGAAAGAGAGCCAAGAGACGGCCGAGAUGCAUGCGGCGAUCAAGACGCUUACAACGCAGCGCGAUGAGCGCGCAUCAGCACGCGACGCUGUCAAAGCACAGAUCGCAGAAGUCCAAAAACAGAUCGCGGCGCGGCGCGAAGCGCAGCACAAGCACGCGAGAUAUCUAGACAGCCAGGCACGGCAUAACAUCCCGGAGCUGGAAUUCUGGCAAGAAUAUCUGGGUCUGCGGAUCGAAGGCGCCGGGCAGGACGAUCGGCUGAAGUUUGUGUACACGAAUGUAGAUGAGAGGGACUGGGAGCGGGAAGCGUGGUUUGAGCUGGAUAUGAGGAAGCGCGAGUAUGAGGUCUUGUCGUACCGGCCGAAAGUGGAGCGCGAAGAGGUGGAUCGCGUGCUGGAAAGAUUGAAUGAGAGUCGAGAUCUGAGCGCCUUCUUGAAAGGCAUGAGGGAGCUCUUCGUUGAGUCGUUGAAGUAG